ACCUGACUGUCUUUCUGAACCGCUAACUGCGAUUACGUCUUCUGUCAUUAUUGACGUUAGUCCAUUUCCAAAGAAAAUCCGUUUUUAAAACGUUUUAGUUGUCGGCACGUUUUUUUUUAUAUGAAAAUGAAAAGAGAUGUAUUAUUAUUACCUCAUUUUUUCGAACGAUAAAAUAAUGUUCGAAUAGUUUAAAUAAAUAUAAUCGGAACAACCGAUAUAUUCGAAAUUUAUUCACUCGAUUAAUUUACUGCUUCUUUCUAACUGUAAAAAAUUUGAUAAACGACCCAUCGCCGUGUCAUUCAAAAUAAUUUUUGACACGUUGGAUUGUGUGAGCCCCAGUAAUUUACAAAAAAUAUAAUGGGUCAAAAGUUUCAAUAUGAUGAAAGUGGAGGAACAUUUUUCUAUUUCCUUUUAUCAUUUUUAGCACUUGUUUUAAUUCCAGCUACAUUUUAUUACUGGCCAAAAAAGAAAAAACGAGACGUCGAAGAAGAAAAUAAGGAAUGUAAAUGUUCGGGAUGUAUUUUAAAAAGAGAACAUUUGAAAAAAUUAGAACCGUGGAGGGGCCCCAAAAUUUUUUUAAUAAAAUUAACAAUUAUAGCCGGUUGGGUGAUACUAUUUUUAUUAGCUUACAAAGUAUCACAAUUUGAUUAUGAAAUGUCCAAUUUUGAUCCUCACGAAAUACUAGGAAUUCCUCUAGGUGCUAGUCAAGGUGAAAUUAAGAAAGCUUACAGAAAAUUAUCAUUAAUUCUUCAUCCGGAUAAGGAUACUGGCAAUGAAAAAGAAUUCAUGAAACUAACCAAAGCAUACCAAGCUUUAACAGACGAGGAAGCAAGGCGUAAUUGGGAAAAAUAUGGUAAUCCUGAUGGACCUGGAGCAAUGAGCUUCGGAAUCGCUUUACCCUCUUGGAUUGUUGAAAAAGAAAAUAGCGUUUGGGUUUUGGGUCUUUAUGCACUUGUUUUUAUGGUGGCAAUGCCUAUAGUUGUUGGUACUUGGUGGUACAGAAGUAUUAAAUAUACGGGAGAUCAAGUAUUGUUGGAUACCACUCAACUGUAUUAUUAUUUUUUUAAUAAAACUCCAAAUAUGGCUCUGAAACGAGUUAUAAUGAUUCUAGCUGCUAGUUUGGAAUUUGACAAAAAGCAUAAUUCUGAAAUAACCGAAAGGCAGUCUGAUAAUGAAGAAGUACCUCAACUAAUAAAGAAACUCCCAAAUUUGGGGGAAAAAAAUAAAGAAAGACCUUUGUGUUAUUUGUAUAGCAUCAAAGCUCGGGCCAUAAUACAUGCUCAUUUGAGCAGGAUACCAUUGAAUCCUCUUACUUUGGAACAAGAUAGGAGGUAUAUAAUAGGAAAAUGUCCGUUUUUGGUAAAUGAGCAGGUCAAUUGUGUAAAUCAACUUAUAAUUAUGGCCUACACUAGGAGAAUUCCCAAAUUACCACCAAUCGAAACUAUAGAAAAUUGUAUGAAAUUAUCACCUAUGAUAGUGCAAGGUCUUUGGGAAUUCAAAUCUCCUCUUCUACAACUACCUUAUAUCAAUGAGGAUAAUUUGAAAUAUUUCAUGUCGAAAAAACGUCAAAUCAAAACUUUACAACAGUUUGCGCAACUUAAAGGUGAAGAAAGACGAAAUUUGUUGAGAAAUUUGAGUGAUGAUGAAUAUGAGAAUGUUAUGAAAGUAUUGGGAAGAAUGCCUUACGUCGAUUUUCAAAUUCAAGUAGAAGUUAUGGACGAUGAAAAUCCAAAUGAAGUAACAGCUGGAGCUAUAGUUACGGUAACUGUAACUUUAAUUAGAAAAGAUAUGAGCAGCCUUUUCGGCGACGAUUCUGCUAAAGAUACGAUAGAAAUAAACGAAAAUGGUACAGAUGAAGUUAAAGAAAACGCGGGAGGCGAUGAAACUGUCGUCAAAAGACCUGCAUGGUUAAAACAAAAGAAAAGUGGUAAAAAAACGAAGAAAUCGAAACCUGCGAAUAAAUCGAACGCCGUUUUAAAACCAAAGAUGGACGAUUCUCCAAAGAAUCUCGUCAAAAGGAAAGAAACGUCGAGAAUUAAAGAAAAUAAGAAAGAACAACAAGAUGAUGAAGAAACCGACGAAACCGAUGAUAGCGAUACCGAAAAUAUUGAUAACGAAAAAUCGUCCGCGGAAGAAGAAGGUGAAUCAAAUAAUAAAACGAACGAUGACGACGAUCAGGAAUGGGAAAAGUUUCAGAAGAUCCACGAAAGAGAAAAAUCUUUGGAAGGAAGAUCGAAAACAUCUCAUGCUGUUCAUUGUCCGUAUUAUCCUUAUGACAAACAGGAGUAUUGGUGGACGUAUAUAUGCGACAGGAAAUCGAGAACAUUAUUAACGGCACCAUAUCACAUUACAGGACUUGUUAACAAAGAGACUGUUCAUUUAAAGUUUACAGCUCCUCAUUGGACAGGAGUGUAUACUUUGACCGUAUGUUUGCGCUCAGAUUCCUACAUAGGUUUUGAUCAACAAAAAGACAUCAAAUUAGACGUUAAAGAAGCUCCAGCUGAAAUAACUGAACAUCCUCAGUGGGAAUUCGAAGAUUCUGAAGAAGAAGAUCCGGCCGAAACCAACGAUAGAGAAUCCGAAUAUGCUACAGACGAAGAUCUACCGGACGAUUAGGACCGAAAUUUAUUUAAUUAUUUUUUUUUUUGUAAAAUAAGAAAUUAACGAUAG